AUGGUUAAGAAAAGGGAGAUACAAGAACUGAACAGAUUACAAGAAGGUUGGAAACCUUACUAUGUCUAUUGUACCUCCUCUGGUGACCUCCUGGUUAUCAUGGACAGUGAUGAUGAGAUACAAUCAAAAAUUAUGUUUACAGAGAAACAAACCAUUCAAUUUGAUAGUGAAGGUAAACCAUUGUUUUCCUAUAUGGCUCGAUUUAAAUUAAAGUAUGUAAGCGAGAACAGAAACCUGGAUAUCUGUGUAGCUGACGGUGUAGCUAGAGCAGUAGUGGUGGUCAAUCGGGCUGGGAAACUCCGAUUUACAUACACUGGAUAUCCCUCGACUAGCACGGGAUCUUUUGAUCCAUAUGGCAUCACCACAGACAGCCAAAGCCAGAUCCUUGCGGGGAUUGCGCCAAUAACUGUAUCCAUAUCCUAG